AUGGCUAGGCAGCAAUUACAAGUUCUCAGCGCACUUGAUGGAGCCAAGACCCAACUCUACCACUUCACAGCGAUUGUAAUCGCUGGUAUGGGUUUCUUUACCGAUGCCUACGAUCUCUUCUGCAUAUCCGUCGUCACCAAGCUGCUCGGUCGCAUUUACUAUUACCAACCUGGCUCACCCACUCCUGGUACGUUGCCCGUAAAUGUAAACGCUGCUGUCACCGGUGUGGCUUUGUGCGGCACCCUCGCCGGCCAGCUCUUCUUCGGCUGGCUCGGAGACAAGAUGGGUCGAAAGCGUGUGUAUGGUGUCACACUUUUGCUUAUGGUUGUCUCCUCCAUUGCCUCUGGUCUCUCCUUUGGCAGCACUGCCCAAAGUGUCAUGGCCACCUUAUGUUUCUUCAGGUUUUGGUUAGGAUUUGGCGUUGGUGGGGACUACCCAUUAUCAGCAACCAUUAUGUCCGAGUACGCAAACAAGAAGACCCGAGGUUCCUUCAUCGCUGCUGUCUUUGCCAUGCAAGGGUUUGGGAUCUUGGCUGGUGGGAUAGUUGGUCUUAUUGUUUCUUCAGCAUUCGAGGCCAAAUAUCCUGCUCUCCCUUACAACCUUGACCCCGCCGGCUCCACCGUGGCUUCCUCCGACUACGUCUGGCGUAUAAUCUUGAUGGUUGGUGGUAUACCCGCAGCACUCACUUAUUAUUGGCGUAUGAAGAUGCCUGAGACUGCUCGUUACACCGCCCUUGUCGCUCGGAAUGCGAAGAAAGCCGCCGCAGAUAUGGCAACUAUCUUGCAGGUUGAGAUAGAAGCAGAGCAAGACAAAGUGGAGAGGAUGUCACAGGAGCCCGUCAACAAUUACGGAUUGUUCUCCAUAGAGUUCGCUCGUCGCCAUGGGCUUCACUUGGUUGGAACAAGCACAACAUGGUUUCUACUUGAUAUUGUAUUUUAUAGUCAGAGUCUAUACCAGAAGGACAUCUUCACAGCAGUUAAAUGGCUACCUUCUGCUAAUAACAUGAGUGCACUUCAAGAGCUUUACAUGAUUUCCAGGGCACAAACCAUCAUAGCCCUUUGUGGUACCAUUCCUGGAUACUGGUUUACAGUGGCCUUCAUCGACCAUAUGGGGAGGCGCACAAUUCAAUUGAUGGGUUUCUUCUUCAUGACAGCUUUCAUGUUUGGGCUUGCCAUUCCUUACCCUUAUUGGCCAGCACACCAAGCUGGAUUUGUAGUCAUGUAUGCCUUCACCUUCUUCUUUGCCAAUUUCGGGCCUAACUCCACAACCUUUGUGGUGCCAGCAGAAAUAUUCCCAGCUAGGGUCAGGACGACUUGCCAUGGUAUAUCAGCAGCAACAGGGAAGGCCGGGGCAAUUGUCGGAGCGUUUGGGUUCGUGUAUCUCAGUGUGCAGACUUCCUUGAUUGUGCUUGGUGCGAUCGACUUCUUGGGCUUCUUGUUUACGUUCUUGAUUCCCGAGACCAAAGGCAAAUCCAUUGAAGAAAUAUCCGGUGAAGUCCAGCCAGAAGAUGGAACCAAUGAGCAGAUACAGCUUUCAGGUGUCGACGACAAGAAUGUUCCUGUUUAA